UUCUUAUCUUUUGCAUUAUUUCUCCAUGCCCAAGAAAGCUGCCUGCCUUCUAUAUAAUUAAAGUAGUCACAGUUCGAACUCAAAACCCUACCCUCAGUUUACCGAGCUUAAAAGCAAGAGAAAAGACGAGAGAGACAGAGAUCAGCGAGAGAUCAUAUUGGACGGUUGAAAAUGAAGAAGACAAGCAGUACCGAUGAUGCAACGAAGCCUGAUAGAAAGACAGUGGAGAGGAACAGAAGAAUCCAUAUGAAAGGGCUAUGCUUUAAGCUUGCUUCUCUUAUUCCUGAUCUCCACUACUUCCAACCCUCCAGGGACAUGGUUUCGCAGCAAGAUAAGAUCGAUUACGCCACCCGCUAUAUCACCCAGCUGAGGGAAAGAAUAGAAAAGUUAAAGCGUAGGAAGGAACAAGUUGCAGGGAGUUUAGGUAAUAGCAGUAACAUGGGGAUUGGCUCAUCGCUUCCUAUUGUUGACUUAAGAGACUUGGGUUCCAGUAUAGAAGUCAUUUUGAUAAGUGGGUUGCAGAAGAACUUCAUCUAUGAGGUUACUUGUAUUCUUCAGGAAGAAGGUGCUGAAGUUGUCAGCAGUAGCUUUUAUCCUGUGGGUGAUAAAAUUUUCCAUACAAUUCAUGCUCAGGCAAAGAUUUCAAGAAUUGGGGUUGAGACUUCAAGGGUAUGGCAAAGAUUGAAAGAACUAAAAAAUUGAGUGGGUUUCUGCAUGCAAAUCUGACUAGUUUCUCAUCAGAGCUGCUAGCAUUCAGCAACAGUACUUAAUUAAGCCCUGUUUGUUCACCAUUUGUGAUCAAGAUAUAUGUCUACAGCUAUAUGUGCUACCCAGAUAUUAAAGCUACCUUGUGCAAGCAUUAAUUCUAGACAAAUUAUUAAAGUUACAUCUCUUUUUUUUUUUUUUUUGAAAGGAUUAAAGUUACAUCUCGAAUCCUUUACUUGAUGUUGUUAAUUGUAGUUGUUUAAGGCAAUCUGAAAUCAAGAAAAAUAGUUCAAAAAAACUAUGAAAAGGUCGGUCCCCAAUUAGAAAAUGUCAAA